GCCCGACAGCACCGGGUACUAUUUGUUUAAUCGCCACGCCGCUGACUUUCCGCGUGUUGUGAGCGCACGCAGGCCUGACACCGACAGCCGGUGGCAAACUCAACUUUUUUUUUCCGAGAUCCCAAACUUGUCAGGCAAGCGCAUCGUCUGCGCAUGCGCAGCCGUUCUAUCCAGCUCUAAAUAAGAGUUAAAACAGAAACGAGGUUGGUCAUAUAAGCAGAGUGGGAAUGACUGACACUCCACCGAAUGAUGGACCCUCCCAGGGAGCUGAGUUUGACAUGAUCGGUGCUCUAGACUGGAAGGAUGGUAUCGCCACGCUGCCAGGAAGUGACAUUAAGUUCCGUAUGACAGAGUUUGGGAUUCUUGAGAUUGUAACAGACCUAGAGGUCAAAGGGCAAGAUGCGAAGCCUAACUGUGAGACACUGAACCCUGUUUCAUCUCACACACCCACCCCGCCUCCAGAGGGCCAGUCACAGGCGGGCACAGCCACACCUCUGGCCAAUCAGAGUAAGCCAGGGUCAUCUCAAGCGAAAGAGGAUGGUAUGAAAAUGGAGUUCAGUACCGCUGUUGUUGAAGUGAGUUCUAGUGCAGACACGGGUCCUAACGGGGGGCUGUCACGCUGCUGCUCCUGCGGUGGACAAGUUCCUGGGGAUGCUUUGCUGCAAGGCAAAUUCUGUAGUCCUGUUUGUGCUCAGCCUUCAAGUGGCAGAUCAUCUCCAGCGGAAACGCGGGAUGGUCAGGCUGUAGAAGGUGAGAGGCUGGGAAAGCGUGUCCGCAGAAAGAGGAAGAUCUACAUGGAUUCUGGUGACGAAGAGGAGGACAACCAAGAGGAGCCAGAGGAAAAAGCAAAAACUAUCAAAGGCAGGAGAGGGGCCAAGAUCACCAAACCUGUGAUGGCCCCGCCCAAUAAGAAACGGGCCUGGAGCUGGCCCGCUUACCUGGAAGAAGAGAGAGCUGUCGCUGCACCUGUGAAACUGUUCAAAGAGCACCAGUCGCUUCCUCAAAGCAGGAACAGUUUUAAGGUCGGGAUGAAGCUGGAGGGACUGGACCCGUCUCACCCGUCUCUCUUCUGCGUGCUCACCGUCGCAGAGAUCCAAGGUUACAGAGUCAGGCUGCACUUUGACGGUUACCCCGAAUGCUACGACUUCUGGGCCAACGCAGACUCGUGGGAUCUGAAACCAGCCGGCUGGUGCGAGAAGAACGGACACAAGUUGUUAUUGCCCAAAGGUUGUAAAGAUGGAGAGUUUAACUGGACCAUGUACGUAAAGAACUGCAGGGGCCAGCUAGCUCCAAAACACCUUUUCAAGAGCCUCAACACUUCUGUGACUCCAUCUGGAUUCAGAGCAGGGAUGAAACUAGAAGCAGCCGACAGAAAAAACCCUUCGAUGAUCUGUGUAGCAACAAUUGGCGCUGUCGUCGACAACCGCCUGCUAAUUCAUUUUGACAACUGGGACGACACACACGAUUACUGGUGUGACGCCAGCAGUCCGUACAUCCAUCCUGUUGGCUUCUGUGAAGAAGUUGCUCUAACACUGAACACUCCACCUGAGUAUAAAGAGCCCAAGAACUUUUUGUGGGAGAAAUACCUGGAGGAAAUGGGAAGCCAGGCUGCUCCGGCGCGAGCUUUUAAACCGCGACCUCUCCAUGGUUUCCAGGUGGGGAUGAAAGUAGAAGCCGUCGACAGGAGGAACCCCAUGCUCAUCCGUGUUGCCACUAUAGUGGACACAGAAGACCACCGAUUGAAGGUUCACUUUGACGGCUGGAGUUCUGAGUAUGAUUACUGGGUCGAGACAGACUGCCCGGAUCUGCACCCGGUUGGGUGGUGUCAGAAAACUGGACAUCCUUUGCAGUAUCCAAAUAGCACUGGUGAUUCGUUGACCGCUCCGGGUCAAGGAUGUCCCACCCCAGGAUGCAACGGUGUUGGACACAUCCGAGGGCCUCGAUAUGGGACCCACUACACUCAGGUGAGCUGUCCGUACUCGGAGAUGAACCUGAACAAGGAGGGUUUGGUGCCCGACCGUCUCAGCGGGGAGCGACCUCUUGUCCUCAGCGGGCUUCAGCCACGGGGGCGACGGCCCGACCCUCACACAAACGCCACGCCGCAGACCAUCUCUGCGCCGACGCAGCCCGAAGGAGCCGUGGAUUCCCAGAGCAGGAAACCAGUGACAGUGGAAGCCGAGCACCCAGGAUGCAACAACCUGUCGGAACCACUGGGUGGAGCCAAUGAGCAAAGCCAAAAUGGAACCAGGCCUAAACGGAUGGCUCCAGCACCCAAAUACUUAAAAAUGCACUAUGUGAAGGAGGAGAUUAGCGAUGGUAAAUCUUCUCCAGAAACCAUCUCUCUCCAGCAGGCCCUCCACGAGUCAGUGUUCUCCCCUGGCAUCUCCGCCUCUCCUCCUCACAGAGUGGCUCUGUGCUGGGACAAACACUGCCAGCUGCUGCCCGAGGUCCUGGGGCUGACUGCCAAGAGAGUGGCCACUUGGAGUGCCGAAGAGGUGGCUGGUUUUGUCAAAGGACUCCCAGGAUGUAAAGAGCACGCUGCUACGUUUAAAACAGAGCAAAUAGAUGGUGAGGCUUUCCUUCUGCUCACCCAAGCAGACAUCGUUAAGAUCCUGUCAAUCAAGUUAGGACCAGCUUUGAAGAUCUACAACUCCAUCCUCAUGCUGAAGAAUGCGGACGAAGAGUGAAAAAAAAAAAGAAGAGAGAGAGACAUACCAGACUCCACGAGACUCAGGAGGGACGACUGAAGAUUUCUGACUCAGCCUUUAUUCUGUUUUGGACCUUUUGGUAAAAUCAACCAGAACAAGUUUAAUCAAGAAAAAGAGAUAUAAAAUUAUAACAUCCCAUAUGUCCUCCCUCUCCUCUCCUAAUCAACCCGAGGAGAAGCUUUUGAUGAAGACACGAAGAUUUCAAAAUUUAUGUUUGUUUACUAAAAUAUUUUUUAAAAACACUACAGGCACCUAAAGGCUUCCUGACAUUUUACAGUGUACUAAUUGGAUUUGAAGAAAUGCUGCUUUAGCCCUGAGCAGAUAGAACAAGCAUUCUUUUGUUACUGUUUAGCUGGGAUUAUUAGACUUUUUGAGUUUUUUCUUUUAAAUAAAGCUGCAAAAUACAAUCGUGAGGUGAUGAGAGGUUUUGAAAAUGUGAAACUUGAUGCAGUUCAGCUGCUGGGAGAUAAAAACAUGAUUUAAUGUAGAGUUGGAGUCUAAGACUCAACAAAGAUGCUAAAAGCAGAGCUUGAAAAAAAAUGGGGACAUGUUUUUCCUGCCGUCCGAUGUGUGUUGCUUUUUCUGGUUGGAGGAUUGCUUUGGGCCAAGGGCUAAAUCAAGAAUACUUGCUGUCUUAAGAUUGAAAAAAAAGACAAUGGACUAGCUUUUUUGUUUUUCUUAAUAACAACCAAUGAAUAUGAAUGUUAAAACAACUUAAAGUUGUUCUGUUUAUAUCCAUCUUAUUCUCUUGUUUUUUACAGUGUAAAUAGUAUACAGCUACAAAAGGAGUGCAGCUCCUGACCUGUUUACCAUUUGCUUAGUUAUGCAAAGACUCAAUUAUCUGUCUGUACACAAAGGACGGUGUGGCAGUGGACUGGUACAACUAAAUUAAUUUUUAAUAGUGAAAGGGAGGAGCUGGACAACUUUUAUUUGUGGGUUUUUUUCUGUUUGUAAAUAUCUUUGUUCUGCAGCAAGUCUGAAUGUGUACAUCAGUAACUGUUUAUAUGCAAACAGCUUUAAUUUAUGUAUUGUAAAUUAUGGGGUGGCGACAACGGUUUGCCUUUCUCUGGCUCAGAGGUAGCUGUGGCUGUUUGAUGGGACUGUGAAAAUAAACGAGGCGCACACCGCCCGCCUGCUUUCUGUAUUUAACCCCUGUUCAUUUCUGACGUGUACAAAUAAAAAAACGCGCAGAUCACCUAAAAUCUAA